CGGUCGCGAAGAGGAGGAGGAGGAGGAGGAUGUGGCGCGCGGAGGGGAAAUGGCUGCCGAAAACAAGCCGGAAGGACUGAAGAAAAUUCGUAAUCCGGAUCGAAUGUACAGAUCAGCUGUGUGUUAUUCCGGCCAUGCUCCUCCUAAGGGUGUCAGUGAUGACACAGAGAUGAACAAUGAACACGGACAUUUGAAAAUAUACCUGCCCAAAAAGCUGCUUGAAUGUCUACCAAAAUGCUCCUCGUUGCCAAAAGAGAGACACAGGUGGAACACCAAUGAGGAAAUUGCAGCUUACUUGAUAACGUUCGAAAAGCAUGAAGAAUGGUUAACGACAUCCCCUAAAACAAGGCCACAGAAUGGGUCGAUGAUACUGUACAACAGGAAAAAGGUGAAGUACAGAAAGGACGGCUACUGCUGGAAGAAAAGGAAAGAUGGCAAGACCACGAGGGAGGAUCACAUGAAGCUGAAAGUGCAGGGCGUUGAGUGUCUCUAUGGCUGUUAUGUGCACUCCUCCAUCAUCCCCACCUUCCACCGCAGGUGCUACUGGCUGCUGCAGAACCCAGACAUAGUCUUGGUGCACUACCUGAAUGUUCCGGCCAUAGAGGACUGUGGGAAACCAUGUGGGCCCAUCCUGUGCUCCAUCAACACAGACAAGAAGGAGUGGGCAAAGUGGACGAAGGAGGAGCUCAUUGGGCAGCUCAAGCCAAUGUUUCAUGGCAUCAAGUGGACUUGCAGCAAUGGGAACAGCAGCUCUGGUUUCUCAGUGGAGCAGCUGGUGCAGCAGAUUCUGGACAGCCACCAGACCAAGCCCCCUCCCCGGACUCACAACUGCCUCUGCACAGGCACGCUGGGUGCUGGCAGCAGCGUGCAUCACAAGUGUAACAGCGCCAAACACCGCAUCAUCUCUCCUAAAGUAGACCCACGCUCGGGUGGCUAUGGCAGCGGCCACUCAGAGCUGCAGAACAGCGACGUGUCCGAGGGCAAAACAGAGCACAGCCACAGCAGCAGCAAGGCCGGCACAGGGGCCACAGGAGGAGGGGGAGCGGCACGGGAAAAACGCAACGGUAAAGUGCACAAGCCAGUCCUGCUGCACCAGAACAGCACGGAAGUGUCCUCCACCAACCAAGUGGAAGUGCCAGAUACCACCCAGAACUCUCCAGUGUCCAUCAGCAGUGGCCUCAACUCUGACCCAGACAUGGCUGACAGCCCUGUGGUCACAGGCAUGGGUCAUGUGGCCUCGGUCAUGAGUGGCCUGUCCCAGAGCGUUUUCAUGUCGGAGGUGACGGGAGACCCAGUCUACAGCAUGUCCCCCACUGGAGGCCCCAACGCCCACAUCAUGGGUCCAGAUGCUACAUCCCAUGGGCUGGUCCUUGCGGUCACUUCUGAAAGCCACAAGUUUGCCUUCCCUGGGAAUGGUGGCACAGACACAGGUGGGCCAGGAACCACAGAUGGGCUUUCCAUGCUAUCUGCAGCCGGGGUCUCCGAAGAACUCAUUCUGUCCAGCAGUUUAGACUCAGGCAGCAUCAAACUACCAGAGACCACCAUGAAUUUUGACCCAGACUGCUUCCUGAACAACCCCAAACAGGGCCAGACAUAUGGGGGCAAUGGGCUGAAGCAGGAGAACGGCUCGUCCGGCGCCUCUUCCUCUACUGUGGCCAGCACCAACGGCCUGCAACACUCUCCUUCCAUGUCGGACUCCAGCUUCGGCUUCAGCGCCAGUCUGAUCAAGAACAUCAAGACUGAGGACACCUCAUUUGAGCAGCAGCUAGCCAAAGAGAGUGGCUACCAGGUGGGGGCAGUAGUGAGCUGCAGUGUGUCCAGUGGCUCUGGCACUCAGAACUCUCUCACCCUGACCCCUGCUAACUCUCUGCUGCCCUCUGGUGGUGGUCUGAGUCCCAGCACUACACUGGAGCAGAUGGAUUUCAGCGCAAUUGACUCCAAGCCGGACUUCUCUUCUAAUACAUCGGUAGGUUAUGAACAGGCAAUGAACAACGCUCACCUGGCCCACCAGAGCCACUCUCCCAGCUUCUUCCUACAGGAGGCGCCGCAGUCGGCCCAGAACCAGCAGGGCAGGCCGAACCCGGGCCAGAAGAGCCACUUGCUGGAGCACAAUUCCCAUGACAGGGCUUUCGUGGGCAUGCAGGUGGUCAAGACUGACUCGCCCGGCAGCAAUGGCCACCUCCACCACCAUCAUGGCCACCAGAAUCAGCACAGGCCCAACUGCAACGGAAACUCACCUGUUGAACAGAGCUCAGGGCAGACCGGCUCUCUCCAGCUGCUGCAGUAUCCGGGAGGUUUCCCUAGCCUUGGACCAGAGCAUGAAAAUGUGGUGGGCCACGAUCAGCCAGGCAAUGCUGGCCCUGUCCAGGCUGGUGGAUCUGAAACAAGGGCAGAUGGCUUGCUUAAAGCUGGCGAUCACUUGCAAGUCUGUCCAGGGGGCAAUGCAGAGGGGGGAUCGGAGCAUUACUUGCAGCCAAACUCUGAUAAUGGAACAGCAGGGAAUGAGUCAGUGGCCCUCAGCAAUGGAAAUUCCGGCGAAAGCACUAACGGCAGUGGUCAGCAGCAGCUGCAGCCUUUGCUUCAGGGGGCCGGGCUGGUCCAAGGUCUCUACAAUGCGGUGGGGAGCCACCAGGCUAGUAGUGGUGGAGGGUCUGGCAUGGAGAUCAGCCUGGACCACUUUGACAUCUCUUUCGGCAACCAAUUCUCCGACCUCAUCAAUGACUUCAUCUCUGUGGACGGCGGAGCCACGGCUGUCGGCCCUGGCGGGACACUCUACACCCAUCAACUGGUAGCCCCGCCUGGGUCAGAUGGACAGCAGGCCUCUGGGAGCAGCCAGCAGCAGGGCCAGGAGGACGGGACAAACAGAGCAGCUGGAUACAGCCCCUCUGAGCUGUGUCUCCAGCCCUGCUGCAGCCCUCAGUCUCUCGGUGGAGCAACAGCUGGCACAGGAGGGUCAGGAGAGGCCGGGUCACUGUCCUACAUGCACGUAGCUGAGGUGGUGUCAGCUGCUGUGGCUCAAGGCACUCUGGGUAUGCUUCAGGCCACGGGAAGACUCUUCAUGGUGACUGACUACUCCCCAGAGUGGUCCUACCCAGAGGGUGGGGUGAAGGUGCUGAUCACUGGCCCCUGGCAGGAGGCUAGCAGUCACUACAGCUGCCUGUUUGAUCAGAUUUCUGUCCCAGCCUCCCUCAUCCAGCCUGGAGUCCUGCGCUGCUACUGCCCGGCCCAUGACACAGGGCUGGUGACUCUGCAGGUUGCAGUCAGUAAUCAGAUCAUCUCUAACUCAGUGGUGUUUGAAUACAAGGCCCGCGCGCUGCCCUCACUGCCCUCAUCUCAGCACGACUGGCUCUCUCUGGACGAUAACCAGUUCAGAAUGUCCAUCCUGGAGCGGCUGGAGCAGAUGGAGCGCAGGAUGGCUGAGAUGGCCGGCCAGCAGCAGCAGAGCAAUGGAGCAGCUGGAGGCGCUGGAGCAGGAGCCGGGGGAGGAGGGGCAGGAGCAGGGGGAGGAGGCAAUGGAGGGAACGGCAGUAACAGCCAGUCUCAGUGUGUGUCGGGGCAGGGCCAGGCGGGCAGCUCCUUCGAGAGCCGUGUAGUGGUGGUGUGUGAGAAGAUGAUGAAUCGCGCCUGCUGGGCCAAAUCAAAACAUUUGAUCCACUCCAAGACCUUCCGGGGAAUGACCCUACUGCACCUCGCUGCAGGACAGGGCUACGCCACACUCAUCAAGACACUCAUCAAGUGGCGCACAAAGCAUGCUGACAGCAUUGAUCUAGAGCUUGAGGUGGACCCCCUUAAUGUAGACCACUUCUCUUGUACACCUUUGAUGUGGGCCUGUGCUCUGGGUCACCUUGAAGCAGCUGUGGUCCUGUAUAAAUGGGAUCGGAGAGCACUGGCCAUCCCGGACUCCCUGGGGCGCCUGCCCCUGUCCAUCGCUCGCUCCCGUGGCCACACUAAACUGGCCGAGUGUCUGGAGCAGCUCCAGAGAGAGGAGCAGCAACAGCCGCCAUCCUCCCGCAUGGCCUUCUCCCCCAACUCCGAUGCACCCUCAUCCGACAGCUGGAUGGUCACGUGGGCUAGCGAUAGCGUGGUGAACCCCAGUGGACAGAAGAGCGGAGCAGUCACCACCACUAGCACUAAUCCCAGCAGUCUCACCCCUGACUUGAGACGGCCCAGGUCAGAGCCGUCCAGCUACUACAUUAGUGAGUGUCAGAGGGAUCUCCCUGCGGCUAAAAAACACAAGCCCAACCCUGAGGUGGCUCAGACUAGACCAGAUAAAGCCGUCUCAGUACCCCUGAGCUUGGAGCACCAGCAGCUCUCCAGGCUCUCGGCCAGCACCGGCACCCUCCCCGCUGACCCGACCAGCCCUGAGCGUAGUGUGGCUGCCGAGGGCACAGAGACCAGCGGUGUCUCACAAGCCAAGCUGGGCUCAUUCCGUGCAGGGGGCCAUAAGUGGGGCUCAAGGGAGGUGUACAGGAAGGUACCAGGGGGAAUUGGAGGAAGCAGUAUAGGGAAGGAGAAGCUGGCCAGCCGGCUGCGUCAGCGGGCAGAGCCCCUCAGUAUGCUGACCAUGGCAGACAGAGAGAUGGUGGACACUGAGCUGCUUUCCUACAAGGAGGAUUUGGAGAACCAGGACUGCCUUUCACACAUGGAAGACCUGCAGGCGAACAUGAUGAGCUUGGCUGAGCACAUCAUCGAGGCCACUCCGGAGCACAUAAAGAGGGAGAACUUUGCAGAGGUGGAGUCUGUGCCUCUGGACAGCAGUGGCCUGAGCAGCACCAUGAGCUGGCUAGCCACUUAUCUGGGCGACGUGGAGCAGCUGCCCAGCAUCAUCCAUCUGAGGUCCCUGUACAGUGAACCCCUGACCCCCAAGCCUAGCAUGAGCCCAGGGGGCUCCCCCCUGCAUGAUGGCCCUUUUGAGAAGGCCACCCUGCCUUCCCCAGCCGACUGGAGCGAGUUCCUGAGCGCGUCCAACAGCAAGGUGGAGCGAGAGCUGUCCCAGCUGACCCUCUCUGAUCCGGAGCAAAGGGAACUGUAUGAGGCUGCUCGGUUGGUGCAGACCGCCUUCCGCAAGUACAAGGGGCGCCCACUGCGCGAGCAACAGGAAGUAGCGGCUGCUGUCAUUCAGCGCUGUUACAGGAAAUACAAACAGUAUGCACUUUAUAAGAAGAUGACGCAGGCCGCCAUCCUUAUCCAGAGUAAGUUCCGAAGUUAUCACGAGCAGAAGAAGUUCCAGCAGAGUCGGCGGGCGGCCGUGCUGAUCCAGCAAUAUUACCGCAGCUACAGAGAGUUCCGGCGGCUCCGGCCCCACAGACGCAGCCCCGCCUCCGCCCUGGUGCAGCACAAACUCAGAAGUAGUUUGCUCACUAAGAGACAGGAUCAGGCCGCCCGCAAGAUCAUGCGGUUCCUCCGCCGCUGUCGCCACAGCCCCUUGAUGGACCAUAGACUGUUCAAGCGGAGUGAGCGAAUUGAGAAAGGCCAGGGAACAUGAGAGUAUCCAGAAGAGCCCCCUCACAAUGUGACAUCACUUUCCAGACUUUUUUCGUGUUUUUCUGUUUCAACCAGACGUUUUACAAGAGGAAAAAGAAAAAAAAGUUUAAAAAACAAGAAAAAUUCAGCGGGAAGACUGCAACUCUUAACUAUACAGUACUACUGACUCCUGCUACAAUACGACAGCGUUUCUUUUUCAUAUCUCUUUCUUCCUUCUGUCUUUCUUUUAUGAGGGAAAGAGCCAACUUACUGGAGGAAGAACAUUUGCUUCGUGGCAUUUUUUGCACUUUUUCAUGGAUUGGUUUUGUUUUUUUGGAGCGCAUCAAAACGUUUUGCUGGGAAUGGGACUGAAACGGCCUUGAGGAAUCGUGGGAAGAGGAUGUGGAAUGCUAGAAAAGACAGUGGAAAAAAUAUGGAAUCAAUGCAGAAACCUGGCAGGACCUGGCCCGAAUUGUAUUUCAUUGUAAAAAUUUGGUGAGCAACUUUGUUACCAAACAAUGUUGGUGAUCCAUUUGUUCCACAUUUUGCACGUUUUUCAGUUCAUAACCAUACAGAUUAUAGAAAAACAGAUCUCCCCCAAUUCUGUUCCACACAGCUGAACCCCUCCAUAUUGGGACAAACUCUGAAUGUGGGAGAUGUGAGAGCACACAUGGGUCACAUUUUUAAUUUAGACAUAGAGCUCAAGUUUUAAAAAAAUGAAUUCAUCUUUUUAAAAAUUGUGAUCUCUGCCUGAAUGGGUUCAGUGCUGAGUGUAAAACUGGACUGUACCCUGUCCAAGAAGGCAAAUUUUAAAGUGCAAAAUCAGUGCGAAUAUGAAAAUGGAUAUGCCUCUAGGCAAAACAUUAAGUCUGUGUCCUUCGAUUAGUUUUUCAUCUCCAUGAAUGUAGUGGAGACAUUAAUUGCGAUUGGCUGAGUCGCUAUGGGUUUUCAGUCGCCUCGUGUAAAAAAAAAAAGUUGCCUCGUUUUGGUUCUUUUUGUUCUAGUCAUUGAUGAUGCUCUUGUUCUGUUAAAACAAACUUCUUAGGCUCUUUAGUCCUUCGAAGGGAAGAUCACAUGCAUUGCCUUGAUAUCUUAGAGAUUCUCCGAAGGAUCCCUAAGCUAGCCCUGUAGCAGGGGUUAGACAAAUCCAUAUUUUUGACAAUUGAGUGGUUUCUGUACAUAAAGAGGGUCGCCGGUACGGUACGUGAAGCAAAACAUUUAUCUGAACGGGAUUGUAUUUUAGAAAUAUAUUAUUUUAUUCAUUCUAAGGGGUCAAAACAGGUCAGAGUUGAAAUCUGAAUAUUUGUAUAGUUUUGUUUGAAUGCCUAAUAAGUAUGGUUGUAUUGUUUUGUAUAUAUUGUAAAUACCUGGGAUAAAGAUGAGCUAUGUGCAUGAAAAAUCAAAGAUACUGAAAAAAAAAAGAUUUAAAAAAACAGCAUUAGUGGCUAUGCUCUGUAAAACUAUUUCACUAUAAGAGUAUUUUAUUUUACUUUGAAUGUUCUUGAGAAGAACAUUUUGCUGAAGCAUGACCUUACUGCAGAUAUGAAAAAUACCGUACUUAUGAGGUAGAAGAAAACAGCAUUAUCAUUAGACGAAAAGGUUAUGUUUACAUCUGUUUGUUUUAUCAGGCUACCAAGAGUCUUUUUUGCCAUUGGUGCCAAGUAAUGUGAAUGCUACUGCUUAACGAGAAAAUUACGUUCAUCUUUGCUGAAUAGAUCAUACACUACAAUAGAAUUGACAUUAACUCUCAUCAUACCAUCAUAUCUCAUCACCGCUGACCAGUGAACACGGAAAGUGCCACAGAGGGUGGAGUAUUCGAUAAGAAGCCUUUUAGUCUCCCACAUCGCCCUUUUUAUUGCGUCUCACGUUGUUGUUUUUUUAUUCUACUUGUCUAACUGACCUUAUUAGGUAGAAAUGAACCGUUACUUCUCCAGUAAAAACACUAAAACUGUAAUGCUGCUGUCUGGUUAUGAUCUAAUCUAUGCUCCAUCUUUAAAUUUCAAAUGCAACACUGAAAGAUGCUUUUGGAGCAUGUAGGACACGUCGGUGCUAAAAACGAUAGAUCCUGAAAGACACCCGAAGGUUAAAAGGUUUGGCCAAUGUUGAGCUUUGGCUUUGAACCAGAGGUUUGCACAUUUAGGCACGUAAGAAGCUUUCAUCGCAUGUUCCAGCAGCUUUUGAAGAGGCGUGUCUUACUAGAGCUUAGGAAUCUGACCAGUAAAAAACAUUUCCAGUGAAGUAUUUAGGAUAAACACAAAUAGUUCUAAUGUCUUUUUUAAAGAAGGGACUUGUCCAUUGCAAUUUUGUACUUAUUUCAUUUCAGUUUCCCUUUAAAGUGGUGUUAAAAUGUUUGUUUUCUACAACAUUAUGUAACAUCUGGUAUUGGUUUUAACCGUUUUGUUGAAGAUUUAUAUGUACGUUGUGUUUUCGGAGUGUUUAUGUGGGAAGUGCCUAAUUAUAUUUUAACUCCAGCAAAUUUCAGUCAGCAUGCAAUGUAAAAAAAAAUGGACAAAUUGAUAUUAGCAAGUUUAAGAAUGGCGACUUGGGUAAUGUAACUCCAUUCUCCAACCACAUAUUGAGGUUCUUUUGUGUAACAAUGUGUUUUUUUCCCUUUUUUAACCCUAUUUUAUCUCUGUUUGUGCUGCACCACAUAUAUGAACGCUCUGUUUGCUUAUCUAAAGCCUAUUGGAACUGCCAGUCGAAUCCCACAAGGACUUCACCUACAGUCCUGUGGUUAUUGCCUUGCGUUCAUUCAUUCCAGAAGCAGUUUAGGUUGUCAGCUAUCGCACUGCUAUGGCAACUCGAGAAGGUCUUAUUAUGCUUGCAUGGGAAACAUAGAUAACCGGGUGAAUAAACAGCACCCAAAGCAUGCUUAUUUUUGUAGAUUCGGUAGUCAGGUAGACUUGUUGAAGAAAUAAUGUUCUGUAAAGCAACGUCGGUUUGGUAGCUCAAAGAACCUUGAAGGAUGUAGGCACCUCAGAAUGGAUGGCAGAUGAGCGGCCUACAGUGAAGUCGAUCGAUGGGCACCUAUCAGUAUUCACAUUUCCUAAGGGUGGCACAGAUGUUUCUCAAACGAGGUUCAGUUUCUAGUUGAGUUCCACGUUAGAAUCCAGUUCCGUUUCACUUCAGCGUCACAUUAUUUAGCUUUCGGUCACAUCAGCUGGUCAAAACUCUCUUCACAUCUAUCUAUCUUCGCGUCCACUUGCACAAGACAGUGCCGUGUCCAUAGCUAAACUUGUCAGAGUGUCCGUCGCACUUACGGGCAGUCAAUAACCGCAACCUCUUGAGUGAAUCUCCUAGCGUAGUGAAGAGUUAGCCUCACUUUUGUAUUUUUACUCAGGGUGCCAAAACUGGGAAGGGGGAAGUGGAGCAGGUCACUGGAGAAUCAGCUGCUGCUUACUGGGAAAAAAGAGCCAGAGCCAGUCUUGAUCAAAUUACUGUGAUUUUCUUUUCAUGCUGUUCAUUUUUAUCACGUGGGCUAAUUUUGUUGUACCAUAAUGAUGAAAUGACCACUGUCCCUGGAAGGAAGCCCAUCAAAAGUGGCGAUUCUGUUCUCUAGUCUGCUUUAGAGAGAUCGGCAUCUCUGGUAGCAGAAAGCUAAAUAGCGCUAGGUGAGCUACAGUCCUGUAUAUGCUAACAUUUCAGACCGAAACACUGCCAUUGAUAGACAUAGUGUAUGAAUAAAAGUACAACGUAAAUUACAGCAUUGACUUGAUUUCUAAUAUAGUAGAUUUCCCUUUUCGUGUGUUUUUAAGUUACCGUUCAGAAACAGGGUGCUUGAGAAAUAUUAGCAUGACCAUGGACACAGUUAGCAGUUAGCAGCUACCGUCUUGUUUCUUCUGAGCACCUGAAAUGCCAAAUGACCUCCCUCAGAACAUGGUCUUUAGUCAUGACAGACCUCAAGUUCAGCUCACAGACGUAUCUAGCCGAGAUUAGCGUUUGUUUCCGUCACGUUUUCGUCAUUACCGAGACUACCUUUCCUCCUCUUCUGUUAGCUACACCCAUAUUCAAGAAGGCACGUCGAGAUAACCGAGCCGAAAUCCGUCCCACAAAGUUCUUCAUUUGUGGACACAGAGCAAUAAACAUGUCUUUCGAAGUCGAGACCUGCAGACCCAAUGGAGACAAAAAAAAAAGAAAGAAAACAAUUGGACACAUGCAGUUGACUUACAACUUAUGCAAAACGCCAGUAGGCUAUUGCGAGAUUAGCGUUCAGUAGGCCUAGUUUAUGGACAGCAGUUUAUAGGACACCCUUUACAGAUCUGCACGUUUUCAUCACUUCCAGAACCCAGAAAAAUAGCGGCCCCGCUUUUAUUCCAGGCUACCGGGGCCCUUGACACUUUGCAUGUAUAACUAGUGUUUAGAUCUCUUUUUCUCUCCUCUCUAGCUGUCUUUCUCUCUGUCUUUCCCUGUUAUGUAGCCCUUUUCCUCUUUUCCUUCCCUUCCCCCAAUUUGCUCAGCCGUUUUUUAUUUCUUUUUAUUUUUUAAUUUGUGUAAUACAACUGUUUUUCUUUCUUUCUUUCUCCCCUUCCCCUAGUUUGUAAGUUUUAUUUUUGUAAUUGUGCAUGUAAAACCGUCACUGAAUCGAUGGAUAUGUUAAAAAAAAGAGAACUCAGCUGCUGAAGCCAUGCAAAAUGUUUUGAAUUGCCCUUAAAAUAUGAAAGAUGUUUUCUGAAUGCUUUAUAUUCUUUCUGCUGUAAAAUAAUAAAAAGGGGGAAAAAUGAAGAAAAAA